GGCUGCUCCGCCCGAAGCGGUGAAUUUCAGUGUGAAACAUUCACAAGAUGUCAGUGUCGAAGUCAUAAGCCACGAUCAGUCGGAUUUGGCCCCCGCCAAUGGCACUAAGCAAUGGCCGCUGGAUCCCGCCACGUUCCUGCAGAUCCAGAUGGCCCAGCCGAGCGUGGAGACCAACGAUAGCAAAGUCACCGUAGGAUAUUACGGGGAGAACGGAGAGCACCCUAUAAAUCAGGCAGGGAUCUUUUUGACUGGCAUUGGCCACGUGGACCUGGGGCCCCGACGGCCAAGGUGCCAUCCUCUUGGUCAACUGUGACAAAGAUAAUCCAUUCAGCAGCACGGAGGACUGUCAGGAUGAGAAGAUAUUUUCCAAGGAAGAUCUGGAGGACAUGUCCCGGAUGAUAUUGAGAACGCAAGGCCCCGACCGGCUUCUCGCUGGCUACGAGAUGGUUCUCCACAUUCCAAUUUCGGACUCCGACAAGGUCGGCGUUUUUUACCUGCAGAAUCCUUUCUUCGGCCAGCGCUACAUACACAUUCUGGGCAGGAGGAAGCUGAGCCACGUAGUGAAAUACACGGGGGGCUCGGCCGAACUGGAAUUCUUCGUGGAGGGGCUGGAGUUCCCGGAUGAGAGUUUUGAUGGACUCGUCACCAUCCACGUCAGUCUGCUGGAGCCGAUGGCCGAGGUGAACAUGAUCGUGCUUUCCAGGGAUCUGGGCAUCCCCAAACCGUUUGGGCCCAUCAUCGAGGGCGAGUGUUGCUUGGAGCAGAACGUCUCCUCCAUGCUGGAGCCCCUGGGGCUGGCCUGCAGCUUCAUCGACGACAUCUCCUCCUACCACAAGCAACUGGGAGAAGUCCACUGCGGCACCAACGUCCAGCGGAAGCCGUUCACCUUCCAGUGGUGGAAGGCGGUGCCCUGAAGGGGCGCCACCGUUCACCUGGAAAGUCGAGAGGGGACGUCAGGUUUCAGACACACACUUUUUGACCCUCCCGGGCGCCUGGUUGACCUGCGUGAGCGGGAAUCUGGGCGUCUUUACACGCCCGCUUUGAGAAGCUGCGCGAGUCAGCAGGCGCCGCGUGGUGGUGGGGGAGAAACUGUUUGUCUGAACACUGCAAGGAAGCAUGUUGUGUUGAUUGGACCCAGUGUCUAGGCUCUUCUACGGAGCGUUGCAGGGCCCAAUCAGGUGUCCUGACUGCUGUGUGUAUGGUGUGGGAUUUCUUUGCCCUCCCUAAAUUAAUCUUCAGCAUCCCCCCCCCUUCCUUCCUUCCCCUGAUAUGUAGCCAAGAAAAGGGCCCUUAUGCAGGGGAGGGGUGCGUGUUACAGCUCUCGGCCUUUGUUGUGGGAGCCCACUUUGGAACAACAGGAAUAAAAAUGAGGCGACAACGGUU